UGCACGCAAGUACCGUAUGUGGUACAAAAUAGAUCACUCAAAAAUCACUUUAAAAUCAUCUUAUUUGAUUGUGAGUAAGAUAUAAACACCACCGGAGUCAGAAAUGAGUUGGUUAAGAUCCGUACUGGGCUCGAAUGAGGCUUCAGCUCAGCCGUCUGGGGCAGAAACAGUUGCUCGGCUUUGUGACCGAGUACAGUCUUCAACCUUACUUGAUGACAGACGAGAUGCUGUGCGUGCCCUUAAGUCACUCUCAAAGAAAUUUCGCCUCGAGGUGGGGACCCAGUGCAUGGAUGUGUUGCUCGGUGUCCUGCAGACAGACCGUAACGAUUCGGAGAUAGCGAGUUAUGCAGUGGAAACACUUCUUAAUGUCAUUGCUCCUAUCGUGGAAGAGGAAGAUGGUAAGAAAGAAGAGUUUCAGCAAGUGGAUGUGGAGGCGAAGGAGCGAGAGAAUCGAGUUCUCAGUGAGCAGUUCAUUGAUAUCUUCCUUAAGAAGACGGACAAUGUGUCCCUCUUGCUGAGCCUGCUAGAGGAGUACGAGUUCCGAGUCCGGUGGCCAGCCAUCCGUCUGAUGACCGCUCUUAUUAACUUCCGGUCAUCUCAAGUCCAGCAGAGCAUCUUGGUCAGUCCCAUGGGUGUCUCCAAACUGAUGGAUCUGCUCUCUGACAGCCGUGAGGUCAUCCGUAAUGAUGGUCUCCUGCUCCUUACUGGUCUGACCAAGGGGAAUGCCAACAUCCAGAAGAUUGUGGCCUUUGAGAACGCCUUUGAUCUUCUCCUGCGAAUCAUCAUGGAGGAAGGGGCUAGCGAUGGAGGCAUCGUUGUGGAAGACUGCCUCAUGCUUUUGCUGAACCUUCUCAAGAAGAAUAGCUCCAAUCAAACGUUCUUCAAGGAGGGAAGUUUCGUUCAGCGUUUGUCCCCGUUCUUUGAUCUUCAAACGAUGAUUCCUCAGAACCAAGACGGCACUUGGUCGACACAGAAAGUCCAGAAUGUCCACUUUAUGCUUCAGGUGGUUCGGAGUUUGGUCUCCCCGAACAAUCCCCAACAAGCAACGAGUGGUUGCCAGAAGUUAAUCCACUCGUGCGGACUGCUGAAACAACUCUGUGGUAUCCUGAUGGCCAGCGGGGUACCAGCCGAUAUCCUGACGGAGACGAUCAACACAGUGUCAGAGGUCAUCAGAGGCUGCAAGGUCAACCAGGAUUUCUUCGCAGCCGUCAACGCCCCUUCCAGCCCUCCAAGGCCGGCCAUUGUCGUUCUUCUCAUGUCCAUGGUGAACGAGAAACAACCUUUCAUCCUCCGCUGUGCCGUUCUCUACUGCUUCCAAUGUUUCCUCUACAAGAACGACGUGGGACAGGAGCAAAUUAUAUCAACACUCCUCCCUGCCACUGCAGAUGUGUCGGCCGUCACAGCGGGUCAGCUUCUCUGCGGAGGUCUCUUCAGUCAGGACCCGUUGUCCAACUGGUGUGCCUCAAUCGCCCUCUCCCACGCCCUCAAAGAUAACAACGUACAGAAGGAGCAACUCCUGAGAGUACAGCUGGCCACCGGGAUGGGCCAGGCUCCCGUGUCUCUGUUACAACAAUGCGCUAAUAUCUUAUCACAACCCACAGUAAAAUUCCAGACGAAGGUUGGCCUUCUAAUCCUGCUGUCUUCAUGGCUUGCUGGAUGCCAGUUGGCAGUUACACACUUCCUUCUCAACCCUGCCAACAUUCCAUUCCUGACUGCACAAGUUGCCGAGACCACCGACGAACACGAGUCCCUCGGCCAGGGCCUCUGUGCCUUCCUGCUGGGUAUCUGCGUCAAUUUCAACGAUAAUUCCAACUCAAGCUUCACAAAGGACAGCAUGAAACAGUUGAUCGAGAAGAGGAUUGGCUUGGAGGCGUUUGUAGAGAAGCUCGACAUGGUGUCUAAACAUGAGAUGUACACACUCGCAGCUCAGAAACCUCAGCUUAGAUUCACCUCGGCUGACAGUAUGAUGCUAGAUUAUGAAUUCACUGCACUCUUCAAACAACUUGAAGGUGUGGUCAUGAGAGCAGUUGGGGAAAACGAAGACCUUGAAACGAAGAAAAGUAUUGAAGAUCACGACGGAAUAGUGACGCAGUACAAAGAUAUCAUCCGCGAGCAGGAUAUGGAACUUGGCAAUCUUAGAACAAAGAACACAGAUCUGGAGAAGGAACAGAGAAAGGCAGAGGCACUCCUGGGGGAGCAAGCUCAACAGAUUCAACAGCUCAAGGAUCAAUAUGCCCUAAUCAAGGCACAGCAAGGGGUACAGGCUGGGCAAGGUGACAUCCCCAACUCUAUGGACCCCACCGGUCUAAACCAGGAAGCUGAUGCAGAGAAGACUGCGCAGCUAGAGGCAACAAUUGAGGAGUUGAGGAACCAGACUGCUGCAAUGACCACACAGCUGCUAGAAAAGGAAUCGAGGAUAGAGAAACUAACCAACGACUUAACAAUAUCAGACGCCAAGGCUGUACUCUCAUCGAGUGAAAUGGAGAACAUAUCGUCGGACGAGCUGAAAACACGCCUUGAAGAAACGCAAAUGGAGAACGAGAAGUUGCGAACAGCUCUGACGGAGUUGAACGAAGAUAUGAGGGGGAAACGGCAGGAACUGGAGAGGUUAACUGAAGAAGAGAGAUUUAGCCGAACCUCCUUCGCAGAAACAAAGAGUGACCUAGAAUCAAAACUACUUCAAACGGAAACGAAUUGCGCCUCGUUUUCCGCUGAGAAUGAACGCUUGAAGUCGGCAAACCAAGACCUGGAAUCGUCUCUACGAGAGGCGCAAAACUCUCAGCAGGGGGGCAGCGGGGAUGCAGAGGAAGUCAACAAACUGAAAGAGGUCAUCAGCAGACUCGAGCAAAAAAAGGAUUCCUUGGAGUCGGAAUGCAAGAAGUUGAAGGAGGAGGUAGAGAAGGUUGGGAAGGAACAGGACGAUCUCUUAGUCCUGCUGACGGAUACCGACGCUAAGAAGGACAAGUAUAAGGAGAAACUCCAAGAGCUGGGCCAAGCAAUUUCAGAUGAUGACCUCGGUGACGAGGAAGGUGAAGAUUGGGAAGAAGAAGAAGAUGACGAUGAGGCUAGCUGAGACACCCAGUAAAGAAGUAGUCACUUUUUAUGCAAACUCUUUAGUAGACUUGAUUCAAGUCCCAUUCUCGUGUGAGAGGUCCCUGCCAACUAGCAAACAAGCCGUAUAGCUGUGUGCCCUCAGUCAAAAUGUAGCUGUUGUUGUCCUGAGAAUAGCUCAGGUUGGAGGAUAAAGGCCGCGCAAAAGUUCUCUGACGUUAGGCGAUGAUGGGACUGAAACUAAAAGGACUCUCACGGGAUUGGGACUUGAGUCAAGUCUAAUUGUUUAGAAAUCUGGAGGAUGUAUAUUUUUUGAAUGGGUUUAUCUAUUAUUUGAUCUCAUUGAUUGGUUGUUUCAUAAUAAAUACAAACUCAAAUGACAUUUUUACUAGUAUUUCAUUUCUGAACUGCCUGCGCACACCUUCUUCUGUUUAUGCGUUAAAAUUAUUGUCAAAGAUUGGUUUUUGUCAAUGUAAUGCUGAUUUAUAGGCAAAAUUUAAAAAGAAAGAUGUAUUACAAAUCACAUGUGAAAGUUUCAGCUGGAAACAGUUUUACUUGCCGAGAAAACAGGGGGUAAAAAAACAUGGUAUUUUCACAAGAACAUCCAAUAUUUAAAUUUUUGAUUUUUUACCCAAAUUUGAUAUAAGUGCCGCACUUACUUGAUGUUUUGAUUUUUCGAAUUUUGGGCCAAAUAUCUACAAAAAUGCUGGACUUACCCCUUGGGAUUUUUUAAGUUUCUGGCUAAAAUGGAUAAAAAUGCUGGACUAACU